CGCAGCCCCCCCGCCAUGGCGCCCGGCACCGCGCUGACGUCACUUCCCGGGCCGCCCCUGCCGGCCGCGCUCCCCAUGGCGGCAGCGGGGGCUGGCGGGGCGGGCGGCGGCGGCGCCUCGGCGGCGCUGGGCGACGGCGGCGCCAUCGACUACUCGGUGCACGAGGCGUGGAACGAGGCCACCAACGUGUACCUGCUGGUGGUGCUGGCCAGCCUCGCCCUCCUCGUCUACGCGCGGCGGAACAAGAGGAGGAUCAUGCGCAUCUUCACCCUGCCCCCGGCCGCCGAGACGCCGCCCGAGCCCAACUUCUACGACAGCAUGAAGAAGAUCCGCCUGCGGCAGCAGCUGGAGAUGUACUCCAUCGCAAGGAAGUAUGAACAGCAGCAGCAGCAGCCACCAAAACAGACUGAAAGCGUACAGCUCUCAGUGGAAUGAAGCCCACAGUUCUGUAGGAACUCAGGACAUAUAUGCAGUGCUGAUUUUAAGAGUCAAUGUGGAGCUAUUUUCAAUGUUUUUUAAUUGACACAUAGCUGAAGGCAAGGGGGAAAGAGAGGGGACUGUCCCUAAAAGUUUGUUCUUAGUAGCUUUUCUCUGAGCCCUCGUGAGGUAAAGUGAGUGCCCACUUGAAUGAACAUUCAGCUUGAAAGUACCCAGCACAGGGCACACGUGCUCAGAGGAACCUGAGGGUAGGGAAGUGCAGUCUUAACAAUGUCUGAAAUUAUCUCUCUCUGCUAGCACCUUGGAAAUCAGCUCCUACCUUCUCUGGCAACAGCACCCUGGAGAAAGCAAGGCAGUACCUGUCUGCCUGGAAAGCCUUGUGUUCCUUGAUGAUGAGUUGUUGAAUUUGCUGAAUACAGUCAGUAAGUUUGAAUGAAGGCACUGUGGCCGUACUGCCUGGUGAAGGUGAAGCUUUGAGAGCCCAGAGUGCCACUGGUGGUAGUGCAGAAAAGUUCUGCUCUCUGCUUAUUUGGGAGUUGUGUAUGCAAUACUGUGAACCUUUCCUGGAGAAACUUUGAGGAGUACACAGUGAACGACGCAUCUAGAAGACACUUUAAGCCACUACUCUAAUGUUAAUAGCAAAGGUGGUUAGCUUAAUUUAGUCAAAUUGCUGUAAAGAAUGGGUCUGUAAAAAUCAGUGUAAGCAGGUAAUGGCUUGUCCAGAAGAGACUUCACACUGCAGUUACUUUUUCUUUCUAGGUAAAUCUCAAAAUCAGUUAAUUGAAAGGAUUCUGCAGAAAUUACUUUUUAAUAAAAGCAUCUAAUCAUGAAAACUAUUUGAAGAUGUAUCAUGCUGUAAUUCCUAAGCUUACACAACCUGAGUUGGCCAAGUGAUGAAAAACCAGCACAAUGCUGGGAGUCUAUGUCCAGAGGUUUUCACCUAUUCUGCGCUGAAAUCUAUUAAGUCUUGGAGCAGUGGUGAGCACCACUGUGGUUACACUUGGCUAUUAGGAAACUUGGCUUUGAGCACCAAAUGUUACUAUAUCGAAAUGAUGUGUCCCUUCAGUGUCUGUAGGGGCUGUAAGACGUGACCUGGGCCGAACUGACAGUGGCAGAAGGUUCCGUGGGUUUGCCCCAUGGAAAGGCUCCUUUAGGAGAAGGGUGGCCCCUGUGACAGCUUCCUCGCUGUAAGGAACCGCGCAAAACAGCGGGGUCACUCCGCGGGGCCGGGGGCUGGCGGCCGCGGGGAGCGGGGAGGGCGCGGAGCCCCGGGGCCGCCGGUGCCGUGUCCUUCCCGCGUUACUCUGCCCGUGUGAUGACCCCGCUCCGCAGCGCGUCCCCGUCACUCGGCGGGGUUUACGAGGCACACAGAUCCACGCCCAGCAGAGCUCCCCGGGCGCGGGGAAAACCUCCGGACCGCAUCCCCCUCCACCUCCCGGAAACGGCGCCGUUUCCUCUUCCCGCGACCUCACUUCCUCCCGCGCUUCCGUCUCCGGGACGCGCCGGCUCCCGCUGCUGCCGCUGCCGCCGCCGCUGCUGCUCGGAGGCCGGAGGCGCCCGCCGGGCGGUGUCAUGAUGAGGAGCUUCUCAGAAACAGAAGUGGAUGAUGAGUGGAGAUGAAGAAAUCAUACAUUUAAGAAGUUGGCUCAAGUUUCCGUUACAGGCAUGGAAAGUUUCUGAGACCAAGCCAUGCGAGAAGAACAUGAGUAAAGAAGAGGGAGAUGUAGACCCAGACUUUCUAGAAGGGAUUGCAGGAUUUGAGAGGACGCUGCACAAACGUCACGUAGUUUUCUUGCUUAUUCAUUUACCUGCACCCCUGAACUGUAACACUUUGUUUGCAUGUCUGUUUGGAAGUUGAAAAAUCCCCUCACAUCUGUGUCUUUAAUAUAAUCAUGGCUUCAAGCUUGUUUUAGGAAGAGCAGAAUAUUGCUGUAGUUUUUAUUUGUGGAUGAGAUAGCUGCUGCUUUGUACUUGAAAUCAAUUUGGGGUUUUUCUUGUUGAAACAUACAUUGAAUAUGGAAAAGCUCAGACCAUUACAAAAUAGGAAGUUAGGGGUUUUGCUUAAGUUUAAUAAACAGCCUUUGCAUAGAAAGUAUGACGACAGGUGUGUAGGUAAAAGAAAAAAAAAUAGUGCUAGCCCUCUAAUUUGAGUAACCUUAUAAUGUAUUGUUCUUAUGGUGUCCAUAGACAGAUGCCAGAAAAAUAUCAAUCAAUUUUAUCUUUUCUAUCUGACUGUUGGUUAGAAAAAUGUUCUAGGUAAGUUUUCUUGCCAGGGUUGUGGGGUUAUAAGAGCAGAUUACUUAGCAUUGAGUUAGGAGAGAGCUUUUUGGAGAGAUAGUUUUUUUGAACAUCUUGGCUGUGCCAUGAAGUAUCUCGAAGGAAAUACUGGCCAUGCAGUAUUAAUGAUGCUGUGAACAGAUUUGAUUGUAGUAAGUCUCUGAUACAAAGUUAUUAAGACUUCAAUGUAUAUGUACUUAAAAUUUUAAAAGUAAAUGUGUUUUCCUGUGUUGAAAAGUAUUGCUGGUAGUGGCAGGCAAAGAACAUCUUUAUUUUUCUUAUGAACUCCUAUCUGGUGUUUUAUCCUUAAUAAAAGGCUGUGGUUAUUUUUGUAUACUGACUGAAUAUUUGGCCUUUAAGAGUAUAUAAUUAGAUAGAAGAGCAAAAGCAGUUGUUAAAGGACUAUUUUUUUAAAUGAAAAUAGUUUGAAAUCAUAUAAUUUUAGUUUCUUCCGAAUAGAUGUGAUUAGUGUGUUGGAAAUAGUUUUACAGUGGAUAUAAAGGGAGCAGUUGAGAGACAGUGGCUGAGAAUGUGUCCAGCUAUUUUUGUAGUUAUAUUUUUCCAGUUAUAUUUUUUCAGACUCCUUACUUAGAUAUUUUCAUAUAAUAAGCUGCUACAUCACAAUGGGAUACAAAAACUAUUUGCACUUUAUAAUAUUUACCUUUUAAAAUAGGUUUUAUUGUACUAAUUGAUAAGUAAAUUGCAAUGACUGUGAGAAAAUCCUAGCCUAUUUUAUUACUUUGAUAGAAAUUUGAAUAUGAGAUAGUAUUGUCUGUAUCAUAUGUUUUCAUGGAUUUUUAGCUGCUGAAACUGAAAUCAAUAAACUUUAGCUACUGUUGUUGACUGGAACAAGUAAA